AUGAGUGAAGAGGACUGCAACAAGAUCUGUGACACAACCCAAAAAGAGGAGCUAUACCAGCUUCCAGAUGAACCAGAAGAAAAUGAAGGUGCUAUUUAUGAUGAUGUCCACCAAGAUUUGGACUCAGAAAGUAAUUUAUAUGCCUCAAAUCUGGAAACCUACGAAUAUGACUCUUUCUCGGCUGGUGUUGUUGGAGGUGAAGAGAACAACUUGACCUCUUCCCAGCCAGAAUAUGACCUGCUUUAUGAGAUAUCCCCAGAAGAACCCCAAUAUCUUCAACCAGGGGAGCUCCAGAAAGAUGAGGGCAUCAUCAGUGAAGAAUUAUACUCAACACCUGAUGACCAAGAACUUGACUCAGAGGUUCCCCAAGAGAAUGGAAGCAGGAUGAAGGAAGACCCGCUUUCUGUUUCAUGCUUCAGCAUGCAGGAGAGCAAUGCCUUCUCUACCGUGUCAGAUUCCUCUGCUUGCUAUUCUGCUGCUGAUGAUUUGGGAGAAAAUGAUUCAUCUUCUGUGAACCCUGAGAUUAAUCUCUAUGUGAAGGCUGGAGUUGAUGGGGAAAGCAUCGGCAACUGUCCUUUUUCUCAGCGUCUCUUUAUGAUCCUCUGGCUGAAAGGAGUCGUGUUCAAUGUCACCACUGUGGAUCUGAAAAGAAAGCCAGCUGACCUACACAACCUGGCCCCUGGUGCCCAUCCGCCCUUCCUGACCUUCAACGGGGAAGUGAAGACAGAUGUCAAUAAGAUCGAGGAAUUCCUGGAGGAGACUUUGACCCCUGAAAAGUACCCCAAACUGGCAGCAAAACACCGAGAAUCCAACACAGCUGGUAUCGACAUCUUCUCCAAGUUCUCUGCCUACAUCAAAAACACAAAGCAGCAAGACAACGCUGCCCUUGAAAGAGGCCUGACCAAGGUGCUGAAGAAACUAGAUGACUACCUGAACACCCCUCUGCCAGAGGAGAUCGACGCCAACACUUUUGGGGACGAAGACAAAGGGUCACGGCGCAAGUUCCUGGACGGGGACGAUCUGACACUGGCUGACUGCAAUCUGUUGCCCAAGCUACAUGUGGUCAAGAUUGUGGCCAAGAAAUAUCGCAACUACGAUUUCCCAGCUGAGAUGACAGGCCUGUGGCGGUACCUCAAGAAUGCCUAUGCCAGGGACGAGUUCACCAAUACCUGUGCAGCUGACCAGGAGAUUGAGUUGGCCUAUGCGGAUGUAGCCAAGCGCCUCAGCCGAGCCUGAGCACAGCCAUCUUGCCCCACUGCUGCUGCAGGACUCAGCCUCUCCCAGUAGAUCCCAGCUUCACAGACUCCUCUUCCACUUUGCCUCGGGAAACUUCUUUUUAAUCAGACGACAUCUUGCUGGCAUCAUCAGAACUCCAGCUGCUGUCUUCUUCUAGAGGUCAGCACCAUCCCCAUCUGAUCACGCAGGAACCCAUCUGCAGAAAUGAUACAGACCCUCAAGCUCUCAGCCUUCGGACCCUGACUGGAGUCAGUGCACUUAUUUGGGGGCAGUCCCCUUCUGCCAAUAUCAACACCUCUCCUCAGACACACCAGAGACAUGCAACACUGUGUCCCCACCUUCCUCUUUGACAGUAACUCCAAGGCCCACGAGAGAUGCCGUCUGAGUGUUCUUAGUGCAAAGCGACCUGCUGCUGUGUUAGGAGAGCCAGAGUGAAUGGAGGAGGAUGGAGCAGGCUGUGGGAUUUGGCAUCCAGCAAAUACAUCCUCAGCAGCUCCCUCCUCUCACACUUCUGUUGUGGGGCCCCACAGCCAGAUUGGAAAGCCAUUAAGACACCAUCUCCUCAACCACAGUGCUGUGAAUGCUUCACACCAUCACGUACCUGG